GACGAAUUGGAGCCCUAGCGAUAACUUUACUGGUCUACCUCCGUACUCGGUCUCUGAAACCUAAGUGCAGCUUCCAUCGGUCAGAAUUUGGAGUGUUGGUAUCUUGUUCUCAGUCCAGGAUGGCCUUCACAUUCUCCUUUGCAGGCGACGAUAUAGACGAAGGCGAUCGUCCCUCCACUCCUACGCAAAUAUCGGCAAGCAAGACCGCGGGGCGUGCAUCACCAGCGGCAGGCGCUUUCCCCGUCCAGGGCAAGCCGCUACUGCCCCCGGCCCAUCAUGAACUCGAAGAUGUCCUCUCAAGGUUGCCGUCCAAGAUUGCAUUCGGCUUGCUGAGCGUCAAUCUCGAGGACGGGCGGACCCUCCAGAUACCUCGCCGCGAGCUGUGGGACAUUCGCGUCCAGCUCAUGGCUGAGGAGAACGUCGAGAACCCUGCCGAAUCCGAAGCAGGUCUUGGGGCGCACGAUGUCAAGACCGGUAUCUACGAGGGCGGCUUCAAGAGCUGGGAGAGCUCCAUCGAUCUUGUCAAGGUGCUCGCCUCCGAAAGGGUGGCCGAGGCAUUGAACCAAGAUCCGAGCAUCUUGAUCGAGCUCGGUUGCGGCACUGCUUUGCCUUCCCUUGUACUUUUUCAAUGGGCCUUGGAGAGGAAGUCGGAGCCCAAGCAGCCUGUGAUACUCACGCUUGCAGACUACAAUCCUAGCGUUCUCUAUCUCGUGACUGUCCCAAAUCUCAUUCUUGCCUGGGCUUUUCAGCAGCGAAACCAGGCACCUCUCAUUGAAGAGGCCUUCACCGCCGACGGGGAGUUGGAGCUGACGGUAGAACUGCUCGAGGCCUUCAGGAAGUCGCUUGUCGCGAAUCAGAUUACUCUAUCCCUUCUUUCGGGAGCGUGGUCUCCGGAGUUUGUUGACCUCCUUUACAGCUCAGCCUAUCCUGCAGGUUUCCCAGGCGACGCAGCGACUCUGCUGCUAGCUUCCGAAACAAUCUACUCUCCGUUUGCUCUGGAGAGCUUCAGCAGUACGCUCCUCUCCAUUCUGAAACGAGAGCGCCGUGAACGUUUAGGCGGCAAAGCCAGGGCGCUCGUUGCUGCCAAAAGGGUAUACUUUGGCGUUGGGGGAUCUCUGGACGACUUCGUGGAUAAGAUGAGGGAACUUGGGACCGGCGUCAGAACCUUAUCCGAAGAGACGCACGGGGUUCAUCGAGCGGUCGUGGAGUGCCAGCUCUCUUGAGCAAUCUCUACCGGCCAAGGUAUCGAAUGGUGAAUGAUCUCGAACAUCGCCGUGACCGGGUUUGGCCAGCACGACUGGUAGUGUACAGAAACUACCGUAGAUCACCAAUCACUCCCACGAUGGAAGUGAGAUGUCGAAGCGCUCUCAAACUUUUUCUAGCAGCUUUUCAGAAGCGGAAACGGCGUUUGAAACGCUUUGCCGCCAUAUUUGUCUCCGGCUUUGAGGCAGUCGGCUGCAGGAAUACGGCAACUG